AUGGCCAUUGUCAAUCGUUUCCAGAGCGAAUUGUUGCUCUUUCGUGGGAGCUUACCUCGGUCCGAUGACGCCUCCCUCCCCAACGCUCCCUCUGCCGACAAUAUCCCCCUCCUCUUCCAUCCCUUCACCAUCAAGGACCUCACCAUCCCCAAUCGCAUCGUCGUCGCCCCCAUGUGCAUGUACUCCUCCUUGGAUGGAUUCUUCACCAACUUUCAUCUCGCCAGUAUUGGAUCCUUUGCAAUCAAUGGAGCGGGUCUGAUCCAGGAGGCCUCAGCUGUGUUGCCUAAUGGACGGAUUACUCCUGAGUGUGCAGGUCUGUGGGAUGAUGCGCAAGUGUUCAAGUUGAAGGAAGUUGUAGACUUUGUGCAUGUUCAGGGUGGCAAGGUUAGCAUUCAGCUUGCCCAUGCCGGUCGCAAGUACCCCGAGUCGGCCUUCUGGCCCGAAGACAUGAGCGCCCCCUCAGGCGGCGCACAUCUCCAAUGGGACAAGCACCACCGUGUCCCCCGCGAGUGGUCUCUCGUCAGAUCCAACAGGUCAUUGAUGCCUUUGCGUACGGACCAUUAUGGUGGCUCUCUUGAGAACCGCGCUCGGUUCUUGUUGAAGGUUGUCAAGGCUAUGAGGGCCAACUUCCCAGCUGAGAAGCCUAUCUUUUUGAGAGUUUCGGCUUCGGAUCUGGUGGAGGAGAUUGCCAAGUGGGCCCGUGACGCUGAUGUUGAUGUCCUUCACGUCUCGUCGGGUGGCAACGCUUCUCAGCAAAAGAUCCUCACCUCCCCCGGAUACCAGGUUCCUUUCGCCGAGCAGAUCAAGCGUGCGGUCCCAGGGUUGGCAGUUGUUGCGGUCGGAAUUAUCCUGCAUGGUCCUCUGGAGGAGGAGGUUUUGAAGAGUGAGAAGGCAGAUCUUGUGGCUGCUGGAAGGACUUGUUUGAGACACCCCAACUUUGCGCUGAAUGCUGCUAGGGAGUUGAAUGUCAAGGCGGCGUUCUCGCAGCAAUACUCUCGUGGCCGUACUAUUCACAAUUAA